GUUUGUGACAGUGUUAUGUGUUGUUGGGAAAACCAAACAAAUUUGUAUGAAACAUAAAUGAAUUUAAAUGCCAUAAAACGUUGGAAAGCGGAAGGAGCACACCACUCCAACAAAUAAACAUUAAAGCUGAAUGGGCAUAUUCCCAUUACUUCAGAUGCUUUUGCUAACUCCUCUGCUAUUGGUGUCUGGCAGUAGGCCCUUCUGAUUGAAGCACCACAGUGGUUGUGAUUUUAUGUCAGAAUAAAAAUGGAAUCACAUGUUCCUAGAAAACGUAAACAGAGCCUAUCACUGACCAGAAGGCUGGAGAAAUGCCCACGUGUUGGAGAAAAUAACCCUCAAGAAAUUUUUUGUGUGGACAGUGACUGUGAAGUGGACGAUGGUGACUGUGUUGUGGUGGCUGAAAAAAUCACUAUAAGGAGAGGAAGAUGUCAAAAUGCUGCUUGCCUAUCACCUGAAGGAACUAAACUUCAGAAAGCUUCCAGGCGUGUUCAAGAUUUUUAUGGGCACUCAUACAGGAAAGGCCGGGCAUGGAAGAUCUGUGAUGUAUGCCAUUCAAAGGCUGAAGAACAUUUAGGAAAAUUGAAAAAUAAAUUUAUUAACCGUGUGCCAAUUGUGGGAGGUCAGUACCCAUUUUAUGGUGAAAUGGUUGCGUUAGAAGAAGAAGAUUCUACCGAUGAUGAUGAUGAUGAGGAACCAUUGGAUGACACAGUGGCAGAAUUCAUGUCAAACUGUGCUUCAGAUAUGAUAAACACCAUUUUCGAGAAGUAUGACAUUAAUUUCCAACUGGAAGAGGGAGUUAAAAAGCUUCUUGAAGGAUAUGAAAAGGUUGAGAGUGAAAUAGAGGCUCAAAUAAAAUCAUGUGAGGAAGUAACUUCCUCAUUCCGUACUUCCUGUGAUGAAUUUUAUAAGGAGCAUGAGUCCAGCAGAGAGGAGCUGACACCAGUAGAGAUUGAUUGUGAGUUGCCACCAGUAGAGAUUGAUUGUGGACCAGCAGAAGUCGUCAUUGAUGAUGAUAAUAGUGAUGGUGAUGAUGUUAUAGUUGUGGAAUCUGUCCGAUCAUUACAGAAUCUGCCCGAAGCCUUAAAUGAGAACACCUCAUCAACAAACAGUCAGCCACAUUCAGUGUGUCCAAAUGAGCAGUCUGUCACUGAACAGACACCAGUAGCGCAAACCAGUCAGCCUGAUUUAUCCCCUGCUACGGCAACAAACCAUAGAGUUUUUGGUGAACUUAGAACCAUUGUUAAAUUCUCAGGAGGAAAUUCAGGCUGCUCAAAUACAAAAACUGAUGUAGUGAAUGGUUGUAUCCUUGAUAAAAGGAACAGUGAAGUGCAAAGAGUUCAAGUGCGUGCAGCCGGUACAGGUGAAAUGGUGAGAGGUAGCUACACAAAGGCUUCAGGAAAGGAGUCAUCAGCUCAAAAACACCAGACAUCCAGUGAAGGGUUUGUAAUUGAAUCUGCUCCAGUUCAGAGUGUGCCUCUGCAGCAACUGUUGCAGCAAGGUUUAUCAGUACUUGGUGCACAGCCAGGAGCCACAAACAAGCAAGAGAAAGUACAACACAAGCAACAGCAGCCAUCCUCUCAGAUUCCAAGAGAACACACAAACCAGCAGAUAUCUGCACUAUUACAUACAAGGCUGCAACAGAGAUUUUCUGUGCUGAACCCAUCAACAGAAACUACUUGUGCACAAGAGAAACAACACGAGAUUUUGCUUGCAAAUUCCUCAUAA